CUGACCACUAUCAGGAUCAUCUGUUAGUAAAGAAAUCGUUUUUUGACAGAUCUUCCCUGUAAUUGUUGUUGUGGGAGUGUUUCUGGAUUAUGUAGAAAUCCUCUUAAACCUAUAACAGAUUUAUAGCUUGUUUCAGUGCGCUACAAGACUUAAAAUAAUGCAACUAAUACUGUGCUAUAUGUACCUCCACAAUAAGCCUCUCUUACCUGAGUAAAUUUUUAUUCAUCAUACAGCUACUCCAAAUUUGUUUACUACACUUUCUCAGUACAAAAAAAAGUUUUUAAAUGUAAUAUGUACACAUGAUGCACUAAGAACAAUGUAUUUAAAAAUAAAAUUAAAACACUGCCAGAAUGCAUGACUAAGCCCGGAAAAGGUCGUGCAUAGAGUACUGAUAAAGAGAGGAGAACAGGGUGGGGAGCUUUAAAGAGACGAGAAAGAGAUUGAACUGCCAGGACUUUCACUUUCAGUGAUCAAACUGCCUCCACACUGUUUGAUCCUUCAGGAAAAGCCCACAACAGAUCAAAUGUCUUGCUCACUUGCAUGCCAGCUGGAAAUUCAAGCUUCAAAACAAACUGACUGAAAAGGAAGAAGGAAAUUUCGGGGGAAAGACAGGGGACAUUAAAAUCACUGUAAAUAGAGGAAUAUCUUGUUGUCCAUCAGAAGGCUGGGAGUUUCCAACUGUCAGCCUAGGAUUGAGCCAGAGGGUCAGAAUGGGGAGCAGCUGUGGGAUCAAGGAGAAAGUGCAGCAGUGAGAGGAAGAGGACACGCUGUUUAGUAGAUUCUGACAGAAGCAGCUGGGAAACCCACUGAGGCUAAAUUUCUUCCAUAACCCUUCUGCAGCAAUCUGUCGUGCAAAACGACUUGAUUAAGAAGAACAUGGGGAAUUUGGCCCACAUUGACCGGUAGAAGCAUGUCACCAACAGUGCUCUUACUCCUAUCAACAUUGACUGUUCAAGGAAGUGGGUGCGAUGAUUUUAUGAAGACUACGGUCAGAAAUCUGCUAGACUCUAUACACAUCGAAAAAACGUCCGGAUUCCCACAAGUGUUUCCGAAGAACUACGUCGUGUCCCACUACUUCAACGACAGCGCGCUGUGCAAUGAGCCGUGCUGUGUGUUCAGUGCUGCUGCUUUCUUGUCUAAUUCCUGGAGCCAGCUCUUCCAGCACCUCAGUCGAGUUCACCUCAAAACCAGGUUCAUCAGGGAGCUGAUAGUCACACUAGAUGACAUAGCAAAAGAGAAAAUUCCAGAUCGUCUAGAUAUCUCUGGUUUCCCAUCUGUUGAGUCGUCGCCGGAAGGUCUUCUCUCCUUCACCUCAUCCCUCUUCACACGAUGGCUCGAUCUGGAUUGUGCUUUUGGAGAGCAUCACUGCAUCUUCCCCACACCAAGUGAAGAGGAUCAAGAAAAUCCACCUUUAGAUGAGGAACAGAAUGUAGAGAACCAUGAACAUGUGGAUGAGCAGCAGCUUGAGAUAAAAGGAGAGACAGCUAAAAGUCAGCUUGACCCAGGUCCAACUAAUGGCUAUAGAGAGUCACUUUUCCCAGGUUGCUCUCAUUGGACUUUUUCUUUCCUAUGGAUAACAUUGAGUCUGAUCUGGUGAAAGCUGAGAGAUCUGUUUUAAAUAUGCCACGAAACUUGGCCAAAAUGAGGCUUCCCUCUGAAAGGACAGCUACUGUAAUUCACUUUUGCAUUACACUGAUUAGCAUUUGUAUGAGAUUUCAGAGAAGUUGCUCUCUGGAUAUAGUUCAAGAUUUCUAGAUGCAGUUAUGGAUCCACAUGUUGGAAAAAAAAGGGAUGUUUUGGAAACCGACACAUGACCAAUAUGAUGUUCUCUUUCAUGUAUGUGUAUGAGGUUUUUUUUUUGUCCAUCUUGUCUUUGCACUGAUUGUCCAGUGUUUCUAUCAUCUUAUACAAUGAAUUAUGUGUCAUCCAUUAUAAUUCAGGUUUAACCUGUUGACUGAACGUUUUAACAUUGAAUUUAGUGAAAAGGUAAAGAAUACAUGAAGCCAAAAGUCUCCACUUAUCACUCAGUGUUCAAGAGGAAACAACUACACUCGUAUAGCUACAGUAAAUUCAAGCCAUAUUAAAUAAAACUGUAGCGGAGGAACCAGUUUAAGCUUAAUAGUGGAUUACAUAAGUCAUAAGUAUUGUUGUCUCACCUUAGUGAAUGUUACUACAUGCAAUGUUUUACUAAAAUGAAUUUAACAAUCUUUCUGUUUUUGGUGUACAUAUGAUGUCUAUUUUUAAGUGUAGAUUUUUAUAUAUAAAUAAAUCCUUCUUAAAAUAA